AUGAAAAAGCCCAUUGAGGAACUCAUGGCAAGUUUGACUUACCUUUUUAGUUCGAUAAUAACAACACUUUCCAACAAGUACAUACUGUCAAAUCUCGGAUUUAAGAUGCAGUAUCUUUUAGUGGCUGCACAGUCCUUCACUAUAGUUAUGGGACUUCUUGUCCUGAGAGGUAUGAGGUUGAUUGAAUUUAAAUUGACAAAUUUCAGGAAGUGGAUGAUUCCUUCUCUUUUAUUGACAGUGAUGAUAUUUUCCGGAUCGAAGUCCCUCUAUUAUCUCCCAAUAUCCCUAUAUACUCUGUUUAAAAAUAGUAGUAUAGUUGUAGUUGCACUGCUUGAACAGUACCUAUUUGAAAAAAGAAUAGGUGCCCUGUCUUACCUAUCGUUCAUAUUGAUGAUUAUUAGUUCUUACACUGGUAACUCUUCUGAUGUCAUUCUCAGUAUUGGAUAUGCUUGGAUAUUAAUCAACAUCCUAUCCACAACGGCCUAUGUAUUAUCGCUGAAGGUAGUAGUUGACAUGAACAGCAAGGCAAAAACUGAAUCUGUGUACUAUUCAAAUCUUAUUUCAUUACCCAUUCUUACUUUUCUAUCAAUAUUCUUUGAUGAAAAAGAUGCAAGUGUCUUUGGUUUUAAGGUGUUCAUAUGGAUCUUAAUCUCGUCGCUCUGUGCAUUCUUUACAUCUUUCAGCACAGCUUGGACACUGAAUGUUCUUUCUUCUACUGCUUUGAGCAUGAUUGGUGCACUGAACAAGAGUUUAGGAUCUUUUGCAGGAAUAUUUGUACUAGGGGAAAUCAUCAAUGCCCAGAAGAUCCUUUCUUUGCUUUUAGGAUCUCUGGCAUCUGCCAUAUAUUCAUAUGACAUCUCUUUUAGAAAGAGAAGCUAG